UUAAAGUCACCCUCCGCUUCAGUCGGCUACCUAUGCGGCGUCUGCGCUAAUGCUAACACACGCUAAUUAACUCGUCCUCCUGGAAAAGGCUUCCUAGCUUGAUGUGACUGAGUGCUCGUAGCCAGCAUGCUCGCUCGCUUCAUAUAAUGCCGCUGCUAGUCUGAAAGGAAACGCUAGCGAGUGUGUAGGUCGUGAGAGAGGCGGCUUGUUGCCACUACCCAUCACCACUACCGCCACCAGCAGCAGCAGCAGCAGCUACGGGUAGUCUUGACUACAAACUGCUCGCAGUCACCCGCUGAAGUUCCUCCUCCGUGAGUGGAUGCGGUAGAGUCGUCUGAGCUAGCUCACAGUCACCAGUUCGGUGCGUACAUGUCUACCUCUCAACCGCGAGGCGAAAGACGAAAGGGAAAUUUUGCAGUUCAUGUUUCGCCAAGAAGUCAGUGUGACGUCUUUUAUUCCGUCUUGUUCGUAUCUUUUCCAACACGAGAAGAGGAAUAUGUCCAGAUAUAACAUCUACAGCCUGCUGGACUGGGUCUACGGAGGCGUGGACCCCAAGUUCGAGGGCAACGGGGGCCCCGAGUGCGCCGCUUUCCUCGCGCCGCAGCAGCGCAUCGGGGAAAGUCUCGUCAUCAUCCUCGUCUCCCUGGUGGAGAUCUGCGUGUCACUGAGGAAAAUAAACGUCUCCAAAGACUUUCGAGCGGUGGCGAAGGACGGCGUGAGGGCGAAAGAGGACAGUCUGGGCAAGAACCUGUUGCUGGUUGCCCUUUGCAUGACUUUCGGGGUGGAGGUCGGGUUCAAAUUCGCAACCAAGACUGUGAUCUACCUGCUGAAUCCCUGUCAUGUCGUGACCAUGAUUCAGAUCUUCCUGCUGGCCUGUCCGCCAAGUAAAACAGCCAUGGUUGUAUGUAGGCUGCAGGUCCACAUGUUGAAUGGAGCGCUGCUGGCUUUAAUGUUCCCCGUAGUCAACACUCGACUGCUACCGUUCGAGAAGGAGGUGUACUACAUCCAGCACUCCAUGCUCUACCUGGUGCCUCUGUAUCUGUUCAGGAAAGGAGGUGUGUACAAGCCUGAGCCUCUGGGGGACAUGUGGUGGGCACUGCUCGCCACCGGCAUCCUGUUCUUCUAUCACUUCACGUUCUUGCAGGCGCUUGGCCUGAUGACCGAGGUCAACCUGAACAACAUGCUGUGCCCGGCGGUGUCGGAUCCGUUCUACGGGCCUUGGUAUCGGGUUUGGGCGACGGGCCACCAGACCCUGCUGACCCUCAUCCACGGGAAGUUCCUCACGCUCCUCUCGCAACACAGCGGCUCCGCUUGCAGAUACGUGCUGGACGCGCUCCGACUGCGCAGCAAGAAAGUCGACUGAAUGACCCCAGAGACCCGCUCGGAGCUAGCCUUUCACUCUAAAUGCCUGCUCUCACCAUGGAGAUCUUUAUUUUAAAGUCAACAUUUUAAUGCAUCUUUUAAGACUUACCAUCUGUUUUACUGAAACAUGUGAGCAUUUCAGGGCCAGUGAAUCAGCGUGUCAUUCUUUUAGUGUUGUAGUAAGCUUGUAGUUGCAUGCACCGAUGUAACAGGCUGAUAGUUAGCAUUGUAGCGUUUUUGUUUUGUUUUUUUUGUUAUGUGUGAAUUUGGAGAUUUCUCAAGUUGCCUUGUUGUAAAAUGUGACGUUUCAGGGACGACAAAAAAAAAAAAAAAAAAAAACAUAGUCUCCCAAAUGUCACUGCUGAUCUGUUACACUUUGAGUUUUGUUAUGUGGUAGUUCAGCUAGAUUCUAAGUUCGUAGGCGAAAUAGCCAUUUUAGUCGCGUCAAGUUGCAAAUGCGAGCGGUUGUCAACGUUGCAGGAUUUUAGUUUGACCUGUCCGAUUGGCUCUCAGUGUGGUCGGCGUCCCUCUGUUCCCACUCUACUACACUCCCGUGCAGGCUACGAAAGCAUCAUUGUAAGCGACUCCUUUUUUCACCUUUCUAUCUCCAGCCUACUCAGAUCAUUCCAGUUGCGAUAAUCAGGGGACACGAGGAUGUAUUGAGAUCCAGCGGCUGCGCGGGUCUACACUGGGAUGUUAUUAGUGCCUCUGCCUCGGAGGUUGCGUCAUUGUCUGUUUUUAUUUUUUUUUUGUGACGUUGGACCAUAUUCAGCGAGGUAUAACCUUGAGUGCGUCACUUGGAUGAAUAUGUCGCUUGCCAAGAUGAAAGGGAUCGCGUGUGUGUGUCUGGGUUGGAUUCAUGCAUCAAGACACUGAAUCCACUCAGCUUUGUAUGAAAAAAAAAAAUGAUUUGCAUGAAGUCACUGUGGGUCACUUAUUGAGUAACCAUAUGAAAGAAAGUGUUAAACUGAGAAGAUGUCAGUCAUGGUUUGUAUCAUUUCAAGUGUGAGGAGUGUGUGUUUUACUGUAGCAUUCUGUUCUGCACUGUAAAGAAGGGACUAGAGAAGCUUUUGUAUUUCUGUCCAUUUGAGUGUAUGUGCUGUAUUGACAAUAAAGGUGAUUUGAGUUGAGGGUUCA